AUGGAUAAAGCAAAGAAGGAUUUGAUGAAUUCUGUGGGAAGGAGCCCCAACCCGCCUGAUACAAGCAAUGAGGCUUCAUGCUUUGACUGCAGUCCAGGAACGAGUUUGUUGCUUCCUGAUAGCUGCAACCAGAGGCCAAAAAAAUACUCAGCCUUUAGACAAAAGACAUUUUAUGCUGAUGUCCUCACUCCAGGAGCCUCCAACAUCUCAGUGGAUGUUUGUGCUGGCCCCCGCAUGUACCAUGCUUUGCUAAGACAGGCAGACUUCGAGCAGCACAUCCCUAAAGUCACAACCUUCAAGAUGCCUGAGGACUUUGGAAAUGUCCUGGAUAAGCAAGUGAUUGGACCAACCACUGAGAACCUCAUCAAGUCAGAUUUCCCAGAACAAUCAUUUAAGCCCAAAGUGCAGAUUGGCUUCCAAGGGCUUCCAGGGCAAUGCCCUCGGAAGAUUGAAGUAGAGAGGAGAAGACGGCUAUAUCUCACCUUUGAUAUUGCUCAGCUCUUAGCCAGCAAGGGGAUAGACUCCAAUCAGCUGAUGCCAAGGCACCAUGAUCCUGACAAUAUGCCAACUAUUGAGGAGAAGAAAGAUCCUCUCUUUCCCAUCUACCUCCCAUUAAAGAUAUUUGACAGUGACGAGUAUGACUGUCGAACUCCAGAAGAGUGGAUCUCGCUAGGACUGGAGCCAGGUUCUCACGACAGAAAGCCAGUGCCUGGAAAAGCACUUUUGCCUACAGAUGAUGUACUAGGACAUGAGGACCCCAAGAGCCAGAAGUUAAUCUACAAGUGGAUUGAUGUUGGUGUUCUGGAUUACGACAAGGAGACAGAGCUCUACUUGGUCCAUAAAACAGAUAAGAAUGGGCUGGUGCGGGAUGAAGAAGGGAGACCCAUCCUCAAUGGAGGAAUAACUCCAGAAGGAAGAGCCCCAUUGUUGUCAUGUGAGUACUGGGUGCCACGAGUCUGCCUGCUGUUUCUGGCUGAAGAUCCCCAGAUGUUUGCACAACGGGUAGUUUCUGCUGACAGCUUGCGUAAGAAGACACAGGCGCUGCUACUGUAUCACCUGUAUGUGGACUGCAUGCCCACAGAUGGCCUAAAUAGCAUCAGUGAGAAGAGCCUCAGGAGAAUUAAGCUAUUGGCUAUGCAUACUCCCAAACUGAAGAAAGAGAAGAGGGUGUUAGACCAUAUGUGCUGCCUGGAGAAAGAAGUGAAAUUAGACUAUGAACGCACCAUGAACAGGAUCAGCUUUGAAAGAGUUGUCACUUGCAAACCUCAGACAUUUUCUUAUGUCACCCUGCCAGACAAAGAGGAGAAGAAAGUACCAGAGAAAGGGUGUAUCUGGAUCCCAGACUAUCCUUUUGAUGAACAACAAGCAGAUUUCAACUUUGUCUCACUCCUGACCAGGCCAGAAGUCAUCCUUCUCCUCACACAGGUGCAAGAUGAGUGCAACAAGGCAGCCACCAUGUCUCUGUUUAACUUGACCUUAGCCAAGCAUGUCUGCUUGGAGGAGUUUGAACAGAUCCAGACCCAGACCUUCACUCAGGUUCAGAUGUUUCUCAAGGAUACUUGGAUCAAUACUCUAAAGACUGCAGUAAAGAGCAACCUGAGAGACUCGUACAAUCCGGAACAGAGCCACUGGGAUGUCUAUCAGAUGUCCAAACUGUGUAAGCUGAUGAAGCGCAUCAGAUUCAUGCUUCAGGACUCUGUGCGGUAUCUGGUCCAGAACUCACUGAUCAGCUUCACCCAGCUUUUGCUGGACGCUUGCCAUGGUAUCCUGAAUUGCUCAAAGGACAUGGAAUGGGAAGAUGACCUCAUCCAUAGCCCAUACAGGCCUCAAAGGAAUCCACUCUUUGUAAUGGACCUUGUGCUGGACAGCAGUGAUGUUCACUUCAGCCCCCCGGUGGAGAGCUUUGAGAAGUCCCUCAUUUCUCUGUUCAACAAGGGAAUCCUGGCGACUCACACUGUCCCACAGCUGGAGAAGCACGUGUUGGAGAACAUACUUAUCACAGGCACGCCGUUGCUGGACUCAGUGGGCUUGCAUGAACCAGAAGUAGGAGAACUCCGUGAGACUCUGCGGUCUGCCAUUCAAAAGGCACUGGUGCCUCUCCAAGCCUAUGCCAAGAGAUAUGAGAAGUUCUUAGAGCUAAAUAGCAAUGACAUCCAGUACUUCCUAAGAGACUAUGAAGAGCAAUGUCCAUCUGCCCAGGAGGUGAUGAGUGUAGUAAACAUGCACUUGUCUGAAAAGGAGAACCUGGACAACACUCUACCUAGUUCUAUUGUCAUUGGUCCCUUCCAUGUUAGCAUAGAAGGUGUUAAGCAAAGUCUGUCUGAAAAAUACAAAGCCCUUGCCACUUCCAUGUUGGACAUACUGGCUAAAAACCUCCAUUUGCAGGUGGAGAAUAUCUGUGAUGCAUAUAAAGCUGUCAGCUGCAAAAUGCAUGAGAAACUGAACAGUAUCGAGGAGCUGGCUGAGCUGCGGGAGUGGAUGAAGGGACUCCCUGAGCAGCUGGCUGUGCAGGAGGAACGGAUUCGUGAGGUCAUGGAAGAUUACAAGGUCAUGGAGGGAUUCCUUUACAAUCUUACCGAAGAAGAUUUCCAUGACAAGUGGGCUGCAAGUUUCUGGCCACUGAAAAUAACUAUGCAAGCUGAGUCCAUUAGGCUCCAGCACCUGGAGAAGGAAGACGAGUUUCGCAAAAUCCAGGUCAUGGAUCAGAAUGGCUUUCAAGACAAACUGGAAGACAUGCAGCUGACUGUAGGUGGAUUUUCCAUCCAGACAGACUUUAACCAAGCUCAUGAGUUGGCUAACAAAGCAAGGGAGGUCAGGAAGCAGCUGAAGGAGCUUCAGGAUUUGGCAAUUCUCUACAACAACAGGGAAAGAAUCUUUGGGGUGAAAGUUACUAAUUACAGUAAGCUAUCCAAGAUGGUUAAGGACUUCCAGCCGUACUAUGAUCUCUGGACUACAGUGUCAGACUGGAUGCAGUGGUAUGAGAGCUGGAUGAAUGAUCCUCUCAUGGAAAUUGAUGCUGAGCAGCUAGAAAAGAAUGUCAAUGACUCUUUUAAGACGAUGCAGAGAUGUGUGAAGCAGUUCAAGGAUUCACCAGCCUGCCAGGAUGUGGCAAUGGAGUUUCGAGAAAAGAUUGAAGAAUUCAGACUAUACAUCCCCUUAAUUCAAGGGCUGCACAAUCCUGGUAUGAGAAACCGACAUUGGGAGAUGCUGUUGGAAGAUAUUAACAUCGAUAUCAAGCUAGAACCCAGUCUGACAGUUGCUCGCUGCUUGGACAUGAAGCUGCUGGACCAUAUCGAGAGCAUUACCAAAGUAGCUGAGAUAGCUGGCAAGGAGCACGCCAUUGAGAAUGCACUCAACAAGAUGGAGAGUGAAUGGAAGUCUGUUUUAUUUACUGUGGUGCUUUACAAAGACACAGAUACCUUUAUUCUGAAAAACACCGAUGAAGCUUCUCAACUCCUAGAUGAUCACAUUGUCAUGAUUCAAAGCAUGUCAUUCUCACCGUUCAAGAAACCUUUUGAGGAAAGGAUGAACACAUGGGAAAAUAAGCUGAAGAUGACACAGGAUGUCCUAGAGGAAUGGCUGAACUGCCAGCGCUCUUGGCUCUACUUGGAACCCAUCUUUAGGUCAGAGGACAUCAAAAGACAGCUCCCAUUGGAAAGCCAGCACUACCAGGCCAUGGAUAGGGACUGGAGGAACAUCAUGAAGAAUGCUAACAACAACCCUGAGGUGAUUUCUUUGUGCACUGAUCCUAUGCUACUAGAGAACCUGCAAAAAUGUAACAAACUACUUGAACUUGUGCAGAAAGGUCUGAGUGAAUAUCUGGAGACAAAGAGAGGUGCUUUUCCCAGGUUCUACUUCCUUUCAGAUGAUGAGCUGCUGGAAAUACUGUCUCAGACAAAAGACCCCACUGCUGUACAACCUCACCUCCACAAAUGCUUUGAGAACAUUGCACAGCUACUGUUCCAGGAGGACCUACAGAUCACACACAUGUACUCUGCUGAAGGAGAAGAGGUGAAGCUGUUUGUUCCCAUCUAUCCCACUGACAAUGUGGAGGACUGGCUGCUGGAAGUGGAGAAAUCCAUGAAGGCCAGUGUACGGGACCACAUAGAAAGAUCUGUUGGUGUUUAUCCAGAGACUCCACGUACUACAUGGGUCUUGCAAUGGCCUGGCCAAGUGGUCAUUGCUGGCUGCCAGAUUUUCUGGACAAAGGAAGUAUCUGAAGCUCUGGAAGCUGGAAAUUUGUCCAGCAGGCUUUUCCCACAGCUGAGUACUCAGCUGAGCAAUUUGGUUGCCCUGGUCCGUGGAAAAUUGUCCAAGAUGCAGCAAGCAGUGUUGUCAGCUCUUAUUGUGAUUGAGGUCCAUGCCAAGGAUGUUGCAGCAAAGCUGAUUGAGGAGAAUGUGACAAGCAUGAAUGAUUUCGAGUGGAUGUCCCAGCUCAGAUACUACUGGACGAGGAGGGACUUGUACAUCAGAGCAGUCAAUGCUGAAUUUAUCUAUGGCUAUGAGUAUCUGGGGAACAGCGGCCGUCUGGUUAUCACACCCCUCACUGACAGGUGUUAUCUGACGCUUAUAGGAGCUCUGCACCUGAAAUUUGGAGGAGCACCUGCAGGACCAGCAGGAACAGGCAAAACAGAAACAACAAAGGACCUGGGCAAAGCACUAGCAAUCCAAACUGUAGUGUUCAACUGCUCUGACCAGCUUGACUUUAUGGCAAUGGGAAAGUUUUUCAAGGGACUAGCCAGCUCUGGUGCAUGGGCUUGCUUUGAUGAGUUCAACCGCAUUGAUAUCGAGGUACUGUCUGUGGUGGCCCAGCAGAUCACAACCAUUCAGAAAGCACAGCAGCAGAGGGUGGAUCAUUUCAUGUUUGAAGGCACAGAUAUCCCACUCGUCCCGUCCUGUGCAGUCUUCAUCACAAUGAACCCAGGGUAUGCUGGGCGUACCGAACUGCCCGAUAACCUGAAGGCUCUCUUUCGUCCUGUGGCUAUGAUGGUCCCAGAUUACUCCAUGAUUGCUGAGAUCUCACUCUACUCCUUUGGAUUUAAUGAAGCCAAAAUCCUUGCAAAGAAGAUCACCACAACAUUCAAACUACUGUCAGAGCAGCUCAGCACCCAGGACCAUUAUGACUUUGGAAUGAGAGCUGUGAAGACUGUCAUCUCAACAGCUGGCAACCUCAAAAGAGAGAAUCCUACUAUGAAUGAGGAGCUGAUCUGCCUGCAGGCUAUCAGGGAUGCCAACAUACCCAAAUUCCUACAGGAUGACCUCAAGCUCUUCAAUGGUAUUGUCUCAGAUUUAUUUCCCAAGAUCAGAGAAAAGCCUGUUGAUUAUGGCAUCCUGGAAGAAACCAUUCGCAAAUCCUGCAUCAAAGAGAAUCUGAAGGAUGUUGAUGGUUUUGUGACUAAGUGUAUCCAGCUCUAUGAAACCACUGUGGUUCGUCAUGGCCUUAUGCUGGUGGGGCCAACAGGUUCUGGGAAGACUAAGAGUUAUGAAGUCCUGGCAGCUGCAAUGACAUCACUGAAAGGUCAGCCUGCAGCCAGUGGUGGGAAUUACGAAGCAGUCAGCUACUUUGUACUGAAUCCCAAAUCCAUCACAAUGGGCCAGCUUUAUGGAGAGUUCAACUUGCUAACGCAUGAGUGGACCGAUGGGAUCCUUUCUUCACUCAUCCGGCAGGGAGCUGCAGCCACUGACACCAGCAAGAAGUGGUACCUGUUUGAUGGGCCGGUUGAUGCUUUGUGGAUUGAGAACAUGAACACGGUGCUAGAUGACAAUAAGAAGCUGUGUCUCAGCUCAGGGGAAAUCAUCAAGCUGACAGAGAGCAUGACCAUGAUGUUUGAAGUCCAGGAUCUGGCUGUUGCUUCCCCUGCCACAGUCUCCCGCUGUGGCAUGGUUUACAUGGAACCCAGCAUUUUGGGGCUGGAGCCCUUCAUUGAGUGCUGGCUGCAAAGAAUCCCAGGUGUCAUACAACCCUUCUCACAGCAGCUAGCAUCUCUCAUCAGGAGAUUCCUCAAGGAGGCCAUAGGCUUUGUCCGGAGGUUUGUGAAGGAGAUAAUUGCCUCAACAGACAGUAACCUCACAAGGAGCCUCUUCAUGCUUUUGGAAUGUUUGUUUCAGCCUUUCAUUCCCAUUGAGGGAAUUAGGAUGAUCCCCCAGGAGAAGACAUCUCGUAUCAGAGAGCUGAUUGAACCCUGGUUUAUAUUUGCCUUGGUCUGGAGUGUGGGUGCUACUGGAGAUUCCCAGGGUCGCAUGGCCUUCAGCUUGUGGCUGAGGAAGAAGAUGGCAAAGGAAGAGAUCCAGUUACUUUUCCCAGAAGAAGGCCUGGUUUAUGACUAUAGACUGUACGAUGCUGGGCUUAGCAGUGCUGAAGAUGAUCUGGAUGAGGAGGUCAUUAGGAAGGUGUGCUGGGAGAAGUGGCUGGACUCUACGGCAAAGUUCACCAUUGUUCCUGAUACCAACUUCUGUGACGUUAUUGUGCCCACGAUGAACACAGUCAGAAUGGCCCAUCUGCUGGACCUGUUGCUCACCAACCGUAAGCCA